AUGGGAAGAGACAGAUCAAGGGACAGAGACAGAAACAGAGCGCGUGACAAAGAUCGUGAAAGGGACAGAAAAGAACGCGACAAGAAAAACGAUCGAAAACGAUCUAGAUCCAGGUCCCGAGACCGCAAACGCAGCAGGUUCGUUCUUUUCGUAGUCUUUUGAUAAAUUUUUUCAGAUCACCAAGACGGGAUGAGCGAAGCCGAAAAAGAGACAACCGAGAAAAUGACCGAGAAAAGCGACGCGAAAAAGAAAAAGACAGCUCUGAGCAGAAAAAGUCGGGUAUCGAAGCUAUCGUCAGUAUGAAAGACAAGGUAUCUUUUUUAGUUUUCUCAUUUUUUCACAUUUUUUCAGGCAGCGGCAGAUGUCGAGUUGGAAAAAAUAAUGGAGGAACGUCGCAAAAAAGUCGAACUUUGGCGCUCUCGACACAAAAAGAAAGAAGAAGAAGAAACUGCCGAAACAGAACUUGAAGUGCGUUGUAUUGCAUGUUAAUUAUUGGAUAUUGAUUGCUGAAACUACUUUCUUUCAAACUUCAAAAUCAUUCAUUUUUUUCAAAAAAGUUAUUUACGUUUUAGGGUGAAGUGAAGCCUCAACUCGAAGUUGAAUCGAAGAAAAAAUCGUGGAACUUGGAAGACGAAGAUGAUGAUGAGAUGGAUUACAAAGUCGAGGAAACCAGUGGAAGUGAGGAAAAACCAAAUGAAAACGACGAAAAAAUGUUUGUUCAGUUGAUUUUUUUUCUGUUUGACUGUUUUUUAGUGCGGAGGAGGUGAAAAUGGAGACCGCAGAAGAGGAGGAAGACCCUCUGGACGCCUUCAUGAAUGACCUCACUGCAAAGGCCGCUCCGAAGCCAUCAACAGUGGUAUAAACAAGUUUGUUCAUGAUAAAUCACGAGGUAUUUCAAGUCGGGUGUUCGCGUCGUCACUAUUGUUUCGGAAGAGCCCGAAAAGGACAAAGGCGUCGUUUUGGAGAACGACGACCACACAGACAUGGUCAUCGACGACUUCGACCUCGAGCAGGUUUCUUUUCCCUCUUUUUUUCUUCCAUUCAAUGAGCUCUCAGGCGGCUGCCAGUUUGUGUCAUAAGGGAAGGUUGCUGGCGCAGACAGAUCACACAAAAGUCUACUACAGACCUUUUAAGAAGGAUUUUUACAUUGAGGUUUUCUCUCAGUAUACUUUUCAAAGUAACUAGUUUUUUUCUAGACUCAAGAGAUCGGGAAAAUGACCAAGGCCGAGGUGAAAGCGUUCCGAGAAGAACUGGAUGGGAUCGAGGUGAAAGGCAGCAAAUGUCCGAAGCCGAUUAAGACCUGGGCACAGUGCGGCGUCGACAUGAAAACUCUGAAUGUCUUGAAAAAGUCCUUCCUAUCCUUUCCUUUCGGAUUUUCAAUUUCUAUUUCCAGGCAGAAUUAUGAGAAGCCGACCCCGAUCCAAGCACAAGCCAUUCCAUGUAUCAUGUCGGGUCGCGACAUCAUUGGUGAGGCAAAAAUAUAAAAAGCUCGAUAGAAUAAAUUUGAGGCAUUGCGAAAACUGGAUGUGGAAAGACGUUGGCUUUUCUUUUGCCCAUGUUCCGACAUAUUUUGGCUCAGCCAGAGCUCGAGGAAGGCGACGGCCCUAUAGGUUCUACUUAUAGUUGUUUUAAUAGCUUUCUCUUUCCUUUUCAGCUGUCAUCAUGGCGCCAACUCGUGAACUCGCCAUGCAGACGUGGAAAGAAGCGAAUAAGUUCGCAAAGGUGAGAGAAGAGAGUUCUUAUGGAUAUGAAUAUUUUGACAUUCUACAGGUGUUGGGCAUCUCGGUGGUUUGUGUUUACGGUGGUGUUGGCAUUUCGGAACAGAUUGCCGACCUGAAAAGAGGUGCAGAAAUCAUUGUGUGCACUCCUGGACGGAUGAUCGACAUGCUUGCUGCUAAUAGCGGUUCGAUUUUGGUUUAUCUGAAUGAUCUUCAUUAGUUUUUCUCAAACCUCUAUUUUGAUUCGAGUUGAAUAUGUUUUUUUUUUUUCAAUUAUUUAAUUUUCUUUUGUUUGUUUUUUUCUGAACCCAUUUUUCUAAGUAGUACUUAGUUUUUGAUUAUUUUCAUAGUUUAAUUUUUCAACCAAAGUUUUUUUUUUAUAUCUAUUCUACUUAUAUAACGGUAUAAUAUGUGAAAGAAGCUCAUUGAACCGACUUCCGUCCAAAAUAUGAAGUAAGAAAGUUUCAGAACUUUCGAAUUUUUUGUGGUUCGAUUAAUUUUUUCUUUGACCAAUUCCACGAAGAGAAUGACAUAUUUUUCUGAAACUGAUUGCUAAGAAAAUUCGUCUUUUAGGUAAAGUGACCAACCUGCGUCGCGUAACUUAUCUCGUUCUUGACGAAGCUGAUCGGAUGUUUGACAUGGGCUUCGAACCACAGGUUUGUCCAGUUUUUCAGGGCGUUAUUGGCUAGGUUUCUACAUUUUUGCGUAAUAUCGAGGUUGUGGUUGUAGGUGAUGAAGGUGGUGAACAACAUUCGGCCUGACCGCCAGACAGUUCUCUUUUCAGCGACGUUUCCGCGUCAAAUGGAAGCUUUGGCUUGGAAGAUCCUAGAGAAACCCAUCGAAAUUCUGGUCAGCCUUUGGAAGUAUUUUCUGAUUGCAGAAACUUCUUCUAUAUAUUAAUCUCGUUUUUUGAAUUCAGGUGGGCGGAAAGAGCGUCGUUUGUUCGGAUGUCACCCAGAAUGCCAUGAUAUGUGAGGAGCAUCAAAAGCUUCUGAAACUGCUGGAGUUGCUCGGCAUCUACUACGAGCAAGGGAAUUCGAUCAUUUUCGUCGACAAGCAGGAAAAGGUAUACAUUUUCGGCGUUUCUCAUACUUCAGUUUUCCUUAGAUUGUAUCUUUUUUGCUUUCUAUUCGACGGAUAUUUGCUUUUCCUUGUCCUACUUAAUUGGAGAAAAUUCGAAGAUCUCAUCCAUGAGAACGAAAGGAAAAAAAACAAUUAUAUAUUGAAAGAAAAAAAUUAUAAAUACUUUUUCGUUGGUUGUAAAGUGCGGUUUUUAAAGGCAGAUGAUAUUGUGGACCAACUGAUUAAAAAGUGGCUACAGCUCUUGUGCUCCUCUCCAUGGCGGAAUCGACCAAUUCGACCGCGACUCGACUAUUACCGACUUCAAGCAAGGCGUCAUCAAAGUCCUCGUGAGUUUUCCUUUUUGCCAGAACCUUUUUAAGAUUCCUCUCAUGAUUGUUAUUGAAAGGACAAAGUACUUUCACUCCCCCCUUAAUGAAAUGCAUAUUUUCGUUGGCUCUGCAGGUCGCGACUUCAGUGGCUGCCCGAGGCUUGGACGUCAAGAAUCUGAUCCUGGUCGUCAACUACGAUUGUCCCAAUCAUUACGAAGUUUCUUGUUUCUCUCUAAUCUUCAGCAACUUUUUCUUUUGCCCAGGAUUACGUUCAUCGCGUUGGUCGCACGGGCAGAGCGGGCAAGAAGGGCUACGCCUACACGUUUGUCCUCCCCGAAUGUUAGUCUUCUGCACAGAUCUCCUUUCACGCCAUCAAUUUCAGUCCAAGAAAAAAUGGCCGGAGAGAUCUGUCGAGCGUUUGAAACGGCUGGAUCGAAGCCCCCGGAUGAACUGAAGGCGAUGUUCGAACGAUUCAAGAAGGAUAUGGAAGCUCAGGGAAAACAGGUGCACCUGGGAGGAAAGGGCUUCGCUGGAACCGGCUACAAAUACGACGAAGAUGAGGCCGAGGCCGACGCAGCCAAAAAGAAAAUGGCCCGAUUGGUGAGCACUAAUUCAUUGAUCAUUAGAACAAAAUUGUGAGAGGAAUAAGGAAGAAAUAAAAAUUCUCGUCGAUUAAACAAAACCCUAUGCGUUUGCAGGUUUCAUGAAGAAAUCACUUCCAAAAGAUGGUUUCAGGUACACGGAAUGGAGGCAGGCGGCGAGGACGAGGACGAACUCGACGAGCAGCUCAGCAGCAUGAUCAAGACGAAACGACGCGUCGUCCACGGGCAGAUGAGCGCCGCCCAGCAGAAGAUCGCCGACAGAGUCGCGGACAAGGUUUCUUUUCACGAUCUUCUGAAGAUAUGAAAUAAAAAACGAGAUUGCGAUCCAGUUGAUCAAAAAAACUUUUUGGGAUGUCAUAAAGUUGUUUCUUUUUCAGAGCUCUGAAAAAUACUUGAUAAGUACAUAAUGAAAUUUGAGUUAAAUCGCAGUUGCAGCGGAUGAAAAAAAAAACGCGUUGGAAAGUGAAUUUUCUGGAAGAAUCUAAGUGUUUGCAGAUAACUUUGGCCAAAGAGCGCGCCGAGCAGUUGACUUCUCUGAUUAGAGCCAAGCAGCCGGCAGAAAAAGACGCCGCGCAGAAGACGGCCGAAGCAGUUAUGAAGGUGAGGAAAUGUCGCAUUUUAUCGAACUUAGUGCUCGAAGAGUUUUUCUUUCCAGAUCUAUUUUCUUUUCUGAGAAAGUAAGAAUGUUCGAUCAGAUCAAUUUCUUCAAUUCUUCAAAAUCUUCGCUCCCAUUCUAUUUUUCUGUGAUUAAUCUAAAAAAAAACACCGAUUCUACAUACGACUUCAAAUACUUUGUUGACUACAAAAAAUGUAUUUUAGAUUAUAACUUCUCAAUAUUUUUCAGGGCAACGAGUUGGGACCUAUCGAGAUGUCGAAAAAAAUGCUAGCCAAACAAGUGGCUGACAAACUCAAUGAGAAGCUUAACUACGUCGGAGGUACCUUUUUUCUGAGAUUCUUCUGAAAGACUUCAUGAAUUCCAGGCGAGGCUGCGCCUUCGCAGAACCAGGAAGAAGAGUGGCAAUAUUUCGAGGAGGAAUGGGACAUCAACGACUUCCCGCAGCAAGUUCGCUACAGGAUAUGCAGCAGAGUCAGUCUCAUUUUUUAUGCCGUGUUCAAAGUAAUUUCCGCGAAAUGCAAAAUGGUCUCUGACCCUCCAAAAUUUAGUUAUCUUUCUCUUUCUCUGACAGCUAUUUUGAAUUUCGCGGAAUCACUUUGAACACGGCAUUAUAUUCUCCUCAAAAAUUGAAAAAAAAACUUCAAUUUGAAGUUUGGGAGUUUUGAAACGGAAUGUAGUUUUUCGAUUAAAACCCUCGUUUUUUCAAAUGGUAGAAUUAAAAAAGUCAAUAUUGCGAUGUGAAAAAAUUUGCAGUCGUUACGCGUAGAUCCAUUCCGAGUGCGGCUAACGGCUUCUGUAUAAAGAAGAAACUUUGUAUAAAUUGUAAGUGAUUUGAAGGAGUCAGUGGGCCACAUCUCCGAGUACGCUGAAGUCGGAAUCAGUGUGCGCGGAACACAUUAUCCGCCAGGCAAAGAGCCGAAAGCCGGGGAUCGUCGGCUGCACUUGCUGCUGGAGGCUCGCAACGAGAGAAAUCUGAGGAUGGCCAAAGAGGAAAUCGUCAGGAUAAUGAAAGACGCCUUCCGACAACUCGUUCGUUUUUCAGUUUGAAACUUUGAAAAUGUCUUUUUCAGACUGCUCAGUUGCAACGCGGAGGACCUAUGGCUCGUUACAAAGUUUUCUGA